AUGGCAACUGGGCGUUUCUCGAUUUUUGCAUCGGAAGUCAACAUUACCACAGCAGUAAGCAGCUAUUCGUUAUGGAGAGUGCUAACGUUAGAUGGUGAAGAUAUAUCAUCUUUCUGGGAGAUGUUCCUUGGGAUUACUUUGUGGAUGUUUAUUUCAUAUAUAGUUGUUUAUGUAACCGCUGCAUUAAUUUCAAUGACUAUGUUACGCAAUCAUCCGUGGAUGCUUAUCUAUGCAGCGUCUAUGUUUGGAAUGGCAAUAUUAGGACCAGCGACGGUUGGUGCGCUAACAAGUGCUUCAAUAGCAUUGAUGUUUUCAUCAGCUGAUAAAGCUAUUAGUUGCUGGCAUUGUAUGGUACUUGGAUCAUCUCAAACAUUAGCAGUAGUUAUAAUUAGUUUUUCAAGAAUACUAGCCACUCUGUGA